CAACUUUAAGAAGGCAAACAUGGCAUCGACUUCACAGCGAAAGAGGAUGAGUUCUAAGCCUGAGCUCACUGAAGAGCAGAGGCAGGAAAUCCGUGAAGCCUUCGAUCUCUUUGAUGCCGAUGGAAGUGGCACCAUUGAUGUCAAAGAACUUAAGGUGGCAAUGAGGGCCCUGGGCUUUGAGCCCAAGAAGGAAGAGAUCAAGAAAAUGACCUGCGAAAUUGAUAAAGAAGGUACAGGAAAAAUGAACUUCGGUGAUUUUUUGACUGUGAUGACUCAGAAAAUGUCUGAGAAAGACACCAAAGAAGAAAUCCUAAAAGCUUUCAAGCUCUUCGAUGAUGAUGAAACCGGGAAGAUAUCUUUCAAAAACCUGAAGCGUGUGGCCAAGGAGUUGGGUGAGAACCUCACUGAUGAGGAGCUGCAGGAAAUGAUCGAUGAGGCGGAUCGGGACGGGGACGGAGAAGUCAGCGAGCAGGAGUUCCUGCGGAUCAUGAAGAAGACCAGCCUCUACUAA